AUGAAUUUUACACGGUGUUCGGAUGCAAAUCCGAAUUCUCAUACCAUAUACAGUAAGAAACGAGUAAAACAGUUUAAUCUACCACACAAAUGUUUUGAAAGAAAUGUAGCAUGCGUUUGGAGACGAGGGAAUAAGAUUGCUAUAUUUCCGGGUAGUCAAACAACUAUUAAAACUAUUGAAAAUUGUGAUAACAAAAUUUUAGAUAUCCGCCAAGAAAUAUCACUAUUUACUCCUAUUUUGCGUAAAUUAGUAAAUGAAGCAAAUGGUGCAUUUUUGUCUCUGCAAAAGGCUUCUGAUAUGUCAAAAAGUUCUGAUAAUCAAGUGGAAUAUUUGAAACUAUCUCGUCAAUACCGCUCUAUUGUAAGGGUAUGUCUGGAGAACUUACAAGAGGCUACCGAAAAGGCUUCUGAUGGCUUGGAGAGGAACAGCCUUCAAUCUUUUACAACUAUCUUUUAUUCAAUAGAAUGUAUUUGGCAUUUGUGUGAAAUUUUAUAUAUAGAUGUUAUUCCUGGAGAGAUUGUCUUACCAUAUAUACUAGAGUGGGCUAGGUUUCAUUUUCCGUGCCAUGAGCAGACUGCAGCAUCAAUUUUAGAGGCAUGUGAAAAGGGCUCCGAAGACAAUCCAGAAUAUUGGAAUACUAUCAUUGGAAUGGUGGUACAAGGCAGAAUUGAUGUGGCUAGAGCUCUAUUAAAACUCCACUCAUCUUCUGAUAGCAGUGAAUUUAAAUUGCUGGAUAACUCAAUGCGUGCUAUGCCUGUUUAUAAUGUUUAUGGAGGAAUAUCUAGUGGAGAGUUUACAAUAUCUUGGAAACACUGGCAUGCUGAGUGCAGGUCGAAGUAUACUAGUGGCUCUCUGGCUCGACAGCCUCAACUUGAACUUAUAUUAAGGAUUAUGAUUGGGGACUAUACUGCCUUUGAGACUAUUCGUAUCAAGUACACAUCAUGGUUUGAUAUGCUAGGAGGUUGGAUUCUGUUUACAAUGCCAUGGGCUAAACGGCGGGAACUGGCAAGUGCUGCUGCAGCAUGUGCUGGUCUCACACCAGGAGAAAAAACUCAUUUAGAUAUAAUAAUACAAGCAUUGCUCGAGGGGGAUUUACAUCAGGUGAUACAUGAAAUCCAACAAGUAUCAGACAAUGGCUGGUCUGCAACACAUCUCACCGACAUGCUAUAUCAUUGUGGUAAAUUGCAGAUCUUGGACAAACAAAUUGAUGUUACAGCCAAAAUUAGAGACAGUCUUAUCUUGGAAUAUGGUACAUUACUGAUGGAGCAUAAGUCUCUCUGGUCUGCGGGUCUCUCGUACCUUGCUGCAACCCCACCCGAGGGUCUCAAGAGAGCUGAGCUAUUAUUAGAAAGGAUCCCAAUAGAUUCUGAAGCCAAGGCAAUGAGAAUAUUGGCAGAGGCUAAUAAAUAUGGAUUGCCAAAUGUUGUGCAAACAGUUUGUGGUUGUAUGUCAACGCGACGUUUAAAAAGUGGGAAUUCUGGUGCCGCUUUAGCGUGGGGAGGCCGCACUCGUUCCACUGAGUUGUGCGCGCGAGCAGCCGAACAGGCCUUACGUCGGUACUGCGCCGGGGCUCCAUUGCCACACGCCGAAUUGCUACUGACUGGAUCCACUGUGCUACUCAGUAAAUACUGUGAUUUCCACAUCCUGUAUAAGAACAGGGAGUUCAGAAAAGCUGCCAAGUUAUUGGUUUCUUUGAUUACUUCAAAACUAUCUCCAGAUUUUUUCUGGGAGACUCUUCUCUUAGACACUUUACCGCUGCUUGAAACGGAAACACCAGUGUUAUCAGCUGAUGAAACAUAUGAAAUAAUGCUGUGUUUAGAAUUGCAUUCUUGUGCUCUUACUGGUAAAAAAGCAGAUAUGCUAAGAUUUGCUCUUGCUAGAAAUCUUGAACGGACUGCCCUUCUCAAUCUACCAGAUGAGGAUUAG